ACCUAAUCUUACAUGACAGGCCUGUGUCGGCCAAGCUAAUUGACUUUCAUGUUGAAGAGCUGAAGGGGACUGGUAGUGACUGCGACUGUUUUAAAUUAAACCCUUUCAGUUUCACGGACACUAAAUUAUCGAUUUCAUCAUGAAUUUCGUCAGAUGUCGCCUGUCCGUAAGGACCCUCCUCGGUCAGAGAAUCAGAGGGAUGUGCAGUAAUAAACUGCAGGAGACCAAAGCAGAGUCUUCGCCUGCAGCUUCAGUAAAAGAAUCCAGUCCAGCAUUUAAAGUCCCAGGCUACGUACCCUCUGAGAUGGACAAGAAGUUGUUAAUCUGGACAGGCCGCUUCAAAUCCAAGGACCAGAUACCAGAGACCGUGUCGUUCCAUACGAUCGACUUUGCCAGGAACAAAAUCAGAAUACAAGUUGCUUAUGCGAUGAUAGCGCUGACAAUAGUGGGCUGCGUGUUGAUGGUGAUUUCGGGCAAAAGGGCUGCAAGUAGACAUGAGUCCCUGACCUCAUACGGCAUGGAGAUGAGAGCCAAGUGGAGGGAGGAAAAACAGAAAGCAGAAGCAGACAGAAGCUUUGGCUCAGAAGACUCAGUGAAGGAGCGCUGAUCCCAAAAAAGUUAACACAUUUUUCAAACUUUGAGCAGUGUCUCCCUUCCUGCUCCCACCUUAGAGGAGCAGAACCAUAAAAUAAUCAGAGCAGAUGGUAUUUAUUAGCACUUUCUAACCCAGGGGAUUGGCCUUACUGUUCGAGAACUUGUGCAGAAAAGUUGAAGGCACCUUUUUAUUUAAUAGCGCCAACAUGCUUCAGCGUUAGCUCUUAACUGUUGUGACGGGGAAAAUACAGUCUGUUUUGGAGAAGUGCUACACUUUAAAUACACAAAUCUUGUACUGGUCUUUAGUUUUUUUCAUAAGAAGCAGUGCAGUAGUAAAUGUUUAUCGUUUUGUUCAAUGAGUUUAAAGCCGUUGUGGCUUUCGUUUGUAGAAAGAAAUCACCAAAAGCAAAAAUAGUUUAAUAAAUGCUUCUCAAGGUGUGUAAUCUGGCUUUAUUAAAGCUGAUUUUUCUGGAUGAAGACCCUAAAGCUAACAGAAAUGUCCUCAACCAGUUAAUAUACAGUAUGUAGGAAAAUGUACCAGUUUAUAUUAAGUGUCAAGAAAAAUGUUUGGACAAAUUAGCUCCGUUUUGUAAAAGUUGCCAUUUUUGUAACGUCAUUAAGAGUGUAUUAUUUAGCAAGAGACCAUGCAUACCAAUAAAACUGAUUCACUUACCACUUGUAUGUUUAUGAAACAACUUUUAUGCAAAUGGCAUAACAGAGGACAAGAUGAACAAACACAACGAACUGUAAUGAACAU